UCGGCCGCGGACACUUCGCAAAUGGUUGUACUAAGCGAGUAUGCGCUUGGGCUACCUGCAGCUGUUCGUUCUAGGUAUGAGGAGAAGAUUCAACUCGCUGGAGGAACGGAUCCGCUAGUAUUCGAAGAAGCAGAUACAGUGGUAGAUACUGAGAAGUACCCAAAGGUGGAGUACGUCGAUAUCAAAGACUACCUCGUGAACGCCACCAGUUUUAUAACGCGUGAGCAAUUUAAGGCUUACAAGGCGUUAGAAUCUCACAACUACCUAACCAGUGGUUGAGUUCAACAACCUCGCGUCAAAGUACUGGACAACUCGAACGUCGUCGUCCUCGGAAGCGUCAGUCACUCCCAGAGCCUGAGGGAAAAGCGCCUCUUGCCGUGGCUAGUAAUCAAGUCCGAUGGACAGGUACUCUGUGCUCACUGCACCUGCAUGGCUGGUUUAGGCGAAGCGUGUUCGCACAUAGGUGCGGUGCUAUUUUACAUAGAGGCUGUGGUGAGGCACCGUGAUUCUUUGGCAUGCACUGAGAAAGACAACGUAUGGUUGCCUCCAUCCAUAAAGGAACUGGAAUGUGUACCGCUUUCCAAAGUUGACUUUUCCUCGUCUGCAUCAAAAAAGAGACAAUUGGAUGCAAGGUGUUCAUCAAAAGCCACCCGUCGCAGCAGUAACACGUCACUUCGACCAACACAACAGCAGUGGAAAUGCUUUUUGAAGGAUGUUGAAAUCUCGAGGACAAGACCAGCAUUUUUUGCACUUCUAGAUGAGCAUUUUGAAGGUUUCGUGCCCACAGCAGCAAAGUACAAGACAGCCCUUUUAACCUCCUUGUACAAGGAUGAACCAGUACCGACCCUGGAUGUUGUCACCUCAACAUGCAGGAAAAUUGCAGAGGACCUCAGCAUUCAGCAAGAGGUUCUGCAGCUGAUUGAGAAAGAAACAAGGGCCCAGUCUACAACCAAUAAGUGGUUCUACUUCAGAGCAGGGAGGGUAACAGCAUCAAAUGUUAAGGCGGUGUGUCAUACAUCAGUAGACAACCCAUCACGAAGCCUGAUCAGCAGAAUGUGUUACCCAACUGAACACAGAUUCAGUACUGCAGCAACAAGCUGGGGUACAGAAAAUGAAGAGCGUGCCAGGGAGGCAUACUUUGCUGCUGCUGCAACGAAGCACAACAACUUAAUGUUGCACAAAAGUGGUCUGCACAUCAGCAGCACACAUCCAUUUCUCGGUGCUUCCCCGGAUGGAAUUAUCUCCUGUGAAUGUUGCGGUACAGGAGUACUAGAAAUAAAGUGUCCGUACAAGGGUCGUCAUGAUACAAUUGUGCAGUAUGUGCAUUCAAGUGGAAGUAGCCUAACUAUCUCUGAUGAUGGAGUAAUCCAUUUGAGUGAGAACCAUAGUCACUACUACCAGGUGCAACUCCAAAUGCUUGUUUGCAAAGCAAAGUACUGUGAUUAUGUAGUGUGGACACUGGAAGAAGCCUUUGUUGACAGAAUUGCAGUCAACGAACAGUUCUGCCUCAGCAUGUUGGAUAAAUGUUCUUUAUUCUUUGAACGUGUUCUACUGCCUGAAAUGCGAUACAAGUAUUGGACGCAAAGUGGGGAUGUGAGUUCUGUGACAGAAAACAGCUCUAACACUUUUUGUUACUGCAAUGGUGGCGAUGUUGGGAAGAUGAUUUUAUGUGAUAAUCCUCUCUGUGAGAAAAAAUGGUAUCACUUUUCCUGCAUCAACCUGAAACGAGCUCCAAAAGGAGAAUGGUACUGUGACAGUUGUAAGUGAACUAUUAAAACCUGUGUGAUACCAAUUUCAGUAAUGGACAUUUCAGUUUAUUGCUAGUUCACGAACAACUACAACCACUUGCUUUCAUGGGGAAUGCACAAAAAUGUGGUGCUCAACUUGUAUGGCAUAAAUUACUGUAUUGUGCAAUCAGUUCAAUUAAAUGGUACAACAGAG